UAGUCCAUCCGAGAGCAUUGUGCUGGCCGGUGCUGCGUGUAUUGUACGGCAGUGGUUGUACACGAUCAGCACAGGGCCCCCGUCGCGCAAGCAGGAAGCGCACGAUCGUCGACCGCGUGCGCGCCUUGGUUGCUCGAACGACGACCGCAAACGCGAAAGAAGUGGCCGAAGAAAAGUGUUUGUUUGUUUUGUUUGUCACCCUCGGUUUGAUCUCGCCGGUUAGAAGUUGCAAAUUUGCAUUUAAUCAUUUUGGGAUAGAGUGCGAGUGUUUGCGUGCUUUCGCCCGUCCUGGAAAGAAAGCUGGAAAGCACCGGUGGUGAUCGUACUGUGUGUGUUCUUGGUGGAUCGAAUACGGUCUUUGUGUCUGUUUGCGAAACCGCGAAAGAGGCAUUGAGAGGCAGCCAACAACAAAGUUCACAAGAGGUCCUAUUAAGAAGAGCCUUCCCCAGAAACCACUAACGACGCUCGGUAGGGCUCUAAUUGAGUGCGAGAUAAUUGUGCCCUUUUAUCCGUUGGUCCGUUCGCUACAUCUGCGUGCUGAUCUCGUAAUCCCCGUGCCGUGCUCCGUGUUUCUUGGAGCAGUUUGAACGACAAAGAGAGCGCGAAAAAGCGAAAGGUGUGUGUGUGCAGGUAGUGGGCAGCAGUAGCGCUGGUACAUAAUAACAGUGGACACAAACGAUGGGUCGGAAAUUGGCGCACCAUCUGGUGCUUGUUGGCAUGCUGCUACUCCUCGCUGUCGAAAGUUUCUCGCGGGCACAGGCAGCGGCCAAUGAUUACCCUGCCCAGCAGCACCAGCACCUGAGAAAUCAGCAGCAUCACCAGCACCAACAUCACCACAGGCACCGAACGGCCGAGCCGAGCAGGAGUCGGAACCAGACGUCCUUAAACUACGCGCUAAUAAGUGGCCCCGGGAGCGUGGGUAAUGGAGGGAGCGAUUAUCGGCCACCGUACCAGUAUCCGGGCACUACUGGACAGCAGCACUGGGGGAACCAUCACGGGAACCAGCCGCAACACCAUCAUCGCGAGACGCCACCGCAGCAUCGGCGCCAUCACCGCGGUCAGGCCCAUCCUGCCCAUUCGCAGCCGUCAUCGCCGCCGGGAACGGCUGGAUGGCGCAGGACAUCCGGGAAUGGUGGUGUGCCAGCGGCACGUCCGGUCACCCGUAUGCUGACGCGCAGUGGGACGGUUGGAAGUGCGCGCCACAACAACAGUACGAGAGGCAAAAACGUGUGCACCGUGCAUGUGUAUCGCAAGUCGGUGAUAAAGACGUACCAGGGAGCACCCUGCCGGGAUCCGGCCAACUGUUAUGGACUUCGAACGUACUCGGCGCCAGUGGCCACGCGGGAGGUAUGCUGCCGGGGCUGGGAAACAACCACCACCGUUGCCGAUGGAUGUUUUAAGCCCAUUUGUCAAACGCCGUGCCGGAACGGUGGCCGCUGUACCGCACCGGACCGGUGCACCUGUCCGGCCGGCUUCACCGGCAAGUACUGCGAGCUGGACGUGAACGAGUGCAAGGAGCACAAACCGUGCGACCAGACCUGCUACAACACGGAAGGUUCGUACUACUGCACGUGCCGGGACGGCUUCAUGCUGCAGAGCGAUCGUCAAACGUGCAAAAAGAUCGAUGAAACGAACGACCUUGCCACGGAGGCGCGUGACAUGGAAAACGAUCUCGACGUCGAUUACGACAGUCUUGACAUACGGUUAAGGAAGCUGGAGCAGCUAAUGGCUUCCCGCGACGACCGCCAGGAGCUGACCAAAAAGGUCCAGUACACGAUGGAUGCAGUUUCGGUGCUAAAAUCACAGGUCGCACGAUUGAACCAACGACUAUUUCCACCGGUGGACUAUGGAAAUCGGGUUCACUAGGCAAACCGGAUCGAAUGGUGCGAACCUGUUUCUAAGUUAACCCGUACCCCCGUACUGCCAUGCUAUGUUCAAUAGAAUUGAAAGUCUUACAUUUAUUGUCCUUAAAAUGCUAUUGCCUGUGUGUGUAUGUGUGUGUUUGGGUGUAAUUCAUGUACGUACGUGUGUCUGCGAGCUGUGUGUCUUCUAUUCAUGUGUGUGUGUGUGUGUGUGUGUGUGUGUGUGUGUGUGUUUGUACGUGUUGUCAAAAAUAAGGAAGAU